AUGAUGGUGUGGUUCCAGAAUCGUCGUGCUAAAUGGCGUCGCCAAGAAAAGAUGGAAGCAGCGCGAUUGGGACUAUCAGAAUAUGGAUGUGGUGCAGGCGGCGCUAUACCGCGACUUAGUGGUCUCGGUUUACCAGUGGACCCAUGGCUGGCACCACCGUUGCUGACAGCAUUACCUGGUUUCUUGAGCCACCCACCGUCUGGUUACCCUAGUUAUCUAACGCCACCUGCUCCUGCGCCGCCCGCACCCCCCGCACCGCCCGACCCCCGCUCAUCAUCUAUAGCCGCACUUAGAAUGAAAGCGAAAGAACACGUGGAAAGUUUAAGCAAAGGACUCACUAUGGUAUAGAAUGUAAAGUUAGUUUGCCGUUUAUUAAUUGUAUCUAUCUGGAGGCAUGAAAGUGUUCCCGCCAAAUCAAGCAAAAAACUAAAAAGGGUACAGCCGAACCACCCUAUUCUGGAAGCCAUUUUAUAUUUUAUAUGAUUCACACCUUGAGAAAUUGAUGUAGAAAUAUUAAUAAAAAAUCAAAUACAGAUAUGA